ACUUAACAAUUUAUCGUAGGUCCAAUGUCCAUAUCAUGUUCGUAGACCUGUAGUCUUGUACAUGUGUAUAUAGUACUUGUUAUACUUGUAUGUACUUGGGUAGGUAUUUACAUAUCUUCAUCAGGCGAAAAGAGGCGAUAAAUGAUCGUUCUGUGAUAGCCCAAGGCAAACAGGCCGGCUGCCUCGAAGCCAGACGACCCCUACCCCCCUAAAACGCUCGACCUUCCCCCCCCUUUAAAAAGCCCCCCGGAACAUUGAAGGGUACUUUAAAGCUAGCAAGCCCCUCCACUCGUCCUUUUCUCCCCACUAUUUUGAAAUCCAGCCCUGCCUUGUUCUGUUUUGGUCUUCGUUAGUAUUAUUAUUCUAAACUAUUUUCAAAACCAGAGAAGGCCCUCUUCUUCCUCCUUGGCAACCUACAUCUCUCGUGGUAACUGCGACAAACGACACCGACUCACAUUCGUUCCUCUGCUGCGUCAAACAAUCUCAAGCUACUCAAUUCCUCGCAUCACAGAAAGGAAAACAGCUCAAUCAUGGCCGACUCACUUACCGAGGAACAGGUCUCCGAGUUUAAGGAGGCAUUCUCUCUCUUUGACAAAGAUGGCGAUGGACAAAUCACCACUAAGGAACUAGGCACGGUCAUGCGAUCGCUGGGCCAAAAUCCCUCCGAGUCUGAGCUACAGGACAUGAUUAACGAGGUCGAUGCUGACAACAAUGGAACCAUCGACUUCCCUGAGUUCUUGACCAUGAUGGCACGCAAGAUGAAGGAUACCGACUCCGAGGAAGAGAUCCGAGAAGCCUUCAAGGUUUUCGAUCGUGAUAACAACGGUUUCAUCUCUGCUGCCGAGCUCCGCCACGUCAUGACCUCCAUUGGAGAGAAACUCACCGAUGACGAGGUCGAUGAGAUGAUCCGUGAGGCUGACCAGGACGGCGAUGGCCGCAUUGACUACAACGAGUUUGUCCAGUUAAUGAUGCAGAAAUAGAAUGGGAAAGGAACUUGUCGGACUUUCGCUAGCCUGUUGAUCGCCAUACCCACCUCUUAUGUUGCGACGAAGUUUCCUUUUUUCUCUCGGGAUUGUGCCCAAUGGGACACUGUUGAUUGAGUUGAAAUUAUCAAUUCACGAGGUAUACGCAAGAAUGGUGUUAGGUUGGAAGACGGGUAGGAUCUCCUCCACCAACGGCUGACUUGACAAUACAUUUCCCGAUUAAAACAUUCACACGGAAACAUGAGCGUGACUCCAUCUCUUACGAAGCUUCUACAUGUAUUGUCGCGUGAAUAUUACAGCUGUGCAAUUUCAAGAAAUAGAGCCUUAUUCAUUGCCACAUUAUCCUAUCACUAGCCAAUGCAGUAGUUCAUAUAUCAAAAUUGAUCCCAUAACAAAUAUUUUUCGAACCAACUUCAGUUUAUGUAGUUAGUCAUGUUGACAUCUACACCAACUCUUAGGCUAGGCAAGCAAAGACAGCAUAGCAAAGAAGGUCAUUCCCUUACAGGGUACCUGUGUAAACAUAAGGCUAUGUUAGUUCAAAUUUACAGUGAACCUCGAUAUGAAUUCUUCUUACUCUCUCCAAGAGGUCGGUCGGGAUAUAAGUGAAAUUAUAUUCUGUAUGAUGGCUGACAUAUCAAUUCUUCCUAAG